AUGCUGCACGCGUUUGCAGACGGAAAUUGCUAUCUUCCCUUGGUCAAGGACCUCAUGACCGGCUACGCUGCCGCUGCAGAGCAGAAGGAGCCGCAGCUGGCGCCUCUGGAGGACAGCCUCGCGGAGCUCCAGCGCAGACUCUUCGACACGUUCAAUCAGAGGCCAACCCCUGCUCGGUGCUCCCUCCGGGGCGGCAUCUAUCGCUUCAGGGGUCGAGGCUACGGCCACAGUAUUGGGCUCCUUCCAGCAGCAGUGGCCGCCUUGGCAAAAGUGGGCGUCCAGUACCGGCUUCCUUUGGAUGUCGUGCUGCUGGGCCUUUGCAUUUGCGCAAAUGCCCGAGCAGACAAUAGCGACACUGUGGAAUUGACGCUCUACGCCGGCAUGCGGGACGGCAACGGCGAGGCAAUGGCUGUCGGCCUUUUCUCAGACUGGCGGGACAUCUUCGUUCGAGUGGACUUCGAUUAUGCCACGGUGGUCGGAACUCUCCUUCAGCUCUACUACAAGAUUCAGAAUCGGCAGUGGGUUCCCUACAAUGCGCUGCGCAAGCCCGAGCGCUGUGUAGUCAACGUGCAGCCCUUGGACUUCGAACGCCAUGGUGGCCUCAUGCACGUUGGGGAAAACAUGUGGACUGGGGGCGACCAGCUGGCUACACCCGAGACUCGGAACGGCCUGGCGCAUGUACACCAGCCGCUCACGAUGGUCAUCGAACAGCAGGACGAAGAGACUUGGUGGGUAUUGCUCUCAGCUGCUCACCAUCUCAAGCCGACACCCUGGAUGAGGCGCUUCGUGCAUGCAUUUCACGAGUCCGUGUUCGAUCUCUUGCAGCGCCCUUGCGCGAAAGUGCAUCGGGAGCUCCCAUCCGACGAAGAGCUGUUGCAGCUGUUCCUGCAAGAUACCAUCGACGCGGGCUUCUUGGACGCGCAACUGCCGCAGAUAGUUGCCAAGGAUUCCGGGAUGUCGCAGAACGCCAAACAACUUCCGAGGAUAUUCCAUGGUUCUGUCGUCUCCAGCAAGUUAUCGGAGGUGUGUUUGGCUCAAGCCAGAAUAUUUUGCCAGACACGUGUAGACGAGAUGGGAUUUUUUGCGAAGCUCUCCAGCUCCCGCUUCUGCGGUGCUGUGCUACUGGCCCUGACGUUGGGGCGAGUUUUGUACUCACCAUGUGUUCGCCGCCUUUUCCGCAACAUGACGCUGCCGGGCAUUCCCGAUGCCGUGGCGCCAAAGUAUGCAUCCUGCUCAGACUCCGAUCUCAUCCAGGGCGUGAGUUUGGUGGUGACAGUUAAGGACACCUGCGCUCAGGCAGAGGAACUGCUGACCCACCUCUCCACCAUCUUCCCCAAGGACAUGCACGUCUACUACGCCUACCCGGCCAUCCGCGGCUGCCGCCACGUAGACACCCAGAGCGUCGGCAACAAGCUCUUCACGCACUUCACCGAGGUAGCCGUCGGUGCGGCCGAUGCACCAAUUGCUGGCUUCCUGAAGGUGCAGCCCAUGCUGAAGACAAAGUAUGCUGUGCUGAUGCACAACGACGCCUACCCCAUGGAGCGAGACUUUGCCUGCGAGCUUUUCCGGGCGCUGGAGGCGAACCCGCACUACCCUAUCGCAGCUCCGCAGAUCUACGAGGCCGCGAGCGACAAGGUCAUCGUACCUCAUGGCCAUCAUCAGAACCUGCAUGUGCGGCCAUCGCCCACCAGCGAAACAGGCUUCAGAAUCGAUUAUGACCUGAGUCUGCACCUGCUGACUCAACGAAAGCCUGAGGACUUCCAGGAAGGACCCCAAGUCGACUUCUUGGAGGACCACGCGUUCUUCGCUCGAUCCGAUAGGUAUCACGAGCUCUUGGACCCUGCUGGAUCCUUCACCCUAGAGUAUAUGGAUAUGAUCCUCAACAUGCGUGCACGCAACACCUCCGCCUGGUACGUGCCAACCGCACGUUGCAUUUUUGACGUCGACACCAACAAGAUCACCUGGGAGGAUGUUCCGUACUUGGUGUACAAGCGCAGCGAGCAAAUUGGCCACCAGGUCCGCACCUACCUCACGAAGAAGUGGGGUGUCGAGUUUGUGAACACAGGCAUCUGGAACUACGUGCGCUACGUGAUGCUUGCCGAUGUGGUUAUCAAGAAGGAGUCCCUUCCCACAGACUGGAAGGAUCAGGCUGCCAUCUUCUACAGCUGGUUCGAAAGCGUCGGCUUUAACCGGUACAACGGCCAGUACCUGCCGGACUUCAUCGAAGAGCCAGCUCCUGGCACAGUGAACGUGUCGCGCACCAUGCAGUGGACUUUGCCCACAGAUGUUCCAGAGCACCGCGUGCCUCCCAAGAGUGCGAUGAACAUCCUCCCCAAGCUGCAGCGCAAGAAAGUGGGUGCUAUCGACAUCUCCUUCAAGGACCCCCAUCUUCCCAUUGGAGUUACCCAACGCCGCUGCGAUGCCUCGCAGCCGCUCAGCUACAAGGAGUGUGGGCUUGUUGUGGAGGACAACGGCGAAUGCAAGUGUUUCACUUACAACGUGCCCUUCAAUCUCAAGACAACGCUGUACUUGGACAAGCUGAUGGCCUGGAUGAAACUUCCGGCUCGGGCAUUCAUGUACGGGCAGAUGAAGUACUGGUCCGUGCCAAUCGUGUCUGAGCAGAUGGACUUCUUCUGCGACCGCACCCAAGAGGACUGCUCUUUCGAGGUGUCCUUCUCGGAGAAUUCCAAGGUGCUGCAGUGGUCGUGGUUCGGUGACCAGGAGAAGCAGAUGUUCACGCCAGAGGGCAUGGCAAUCGGUGCAGCGGUUGCACUGGCAGUCCUUUGCCCAAUCCUAAUGCCCAGGCUGUCCAAGAAGAAGGUGUGUUUGGCUCAAGCCAGAAUAUUUUGCCAGACACGCGUAGACGAGAUGGGAUUUUUUGCGAAGCUCUCCAGCUCCCGCUUCUGCGGUGCUGUGCUACUGGCCCUUACGUUGGGGCGAGUUUUGUACUCACCAUGUGUUCGCCGCCUUUUCCGCAACAUGACGCUGCCGGGCAUUCCCGAUGCCGUGGCGCCAAAGUAUGCAUCCUGCUCAGACUCCGAUCUCAUCCAGGGCGUGAGUUUGGUGGUGACAGUUAAGGACACCUGCGCUCAGGCAGAGGAACUGCUGACCCACCUCUCUACCAUCUUCCCCAAGGACAUGCACGUCUACUACGCCUACCCGGCCAUCCGCGGCUGCCGCCACGUAGACACCCAGAGCGUCGGCAACAAGCUCUUCACGCACUUCACCGAGGUAGCCGUCGGUGCGGCCGAUGCACCAAUUGCUGGCUUCCUGAAGGUGCAGCCCAUGCUGAAGACAAAGUAUGCUGUGCUGAUGCACAACGACGCCUACCCCAUGGAGCGAGACUUUGCCUGCGAGCUUUUCCGGGCGCUGGAGGCGAACCCGCACUACCCUAUCGCAGCUCCGCAGAUCUACGAGGCCGCGAGCGACAAGGUCAUCGUACCUCAUGGCCAUCAUCAGAACCUGCAUGUGCGGCCAUCGCCCACCAGCGAAACAGGCUUCAGAAUCGAUUAUGACCUGAGUCUGCACCUGCUGACUCAACGAAAGCCUGAGGACUUCCAGGAAGGACCCCAAGUCGACUUCUUGGAGGACCACGCGUUCUUCGCUCGAUCCGAUAGGUACCACGAGCUCUUGGACCCUGCUGGAUCCUUCACCCUAGAGUAUAUGGACAUGAUCCUCAACAUGCGUGCACGCAACACCUCCGCCUGGUACGUGCCAACCGCACGUUGCAUUUUUGACGUCGACACCAACAAGAUCACCUGGGAGGAUGUUCCGUACUUGGUGUACAAGCGCAGCGAGCAAAUUGGCCACCAGGUCCGCACCUACCUCACGAAGAAGUGGGGUGUCGAGUUUGUGAACACAGGCAUCUGGAACUACGUGCGCUACGUGAUGCUUGCCGAUGUGGUUAUCAAGAAGGAGUCCCUUCCCACAGACUGGAAGGAUCAGGCUGCCAUCUUCUACAGCUGGUUCGAAAGCGUCGGCUUCAACCGGUACAACGGCCAGUACCUGCCGGACUUCAUCGAAGAGCCAGCUCCUGGCACAGUGAACGUGUCGCGCACCAUGCAGUGGACUUUGCCCACAGAUGUUCCAGAGCACCGCGUGCCUCCCAAGAGUGCGAUGAACAUCCUCCCCAAGCUGCAGCGCAAGAAAGUGGGUGCUAUCGACAUCUCCUUCAAGGACCCCCAUCUUCCCAUUGGAGUUACCCAACGCCGCUGCGAUGCCUCGCAGCCGCUCAGCUACAAGGAGUGUGGGCUUGUUGUGGAGGACAACGGCGAAUGCAAGUGUUUCACUUACAACGUGCCCUUCAAUCUCAAGACGACGCUGUACUUGGACAAGCUGAUGGCCUGGAUGAAACUUCCGGCUCGGGCAUUCAUGUACGGGCAGAUGAAGUACUGGUCCGUGCCAAUCGUGUCUGAGCAGAUGGACUUCUUCUGCGACCGCACCCAAGAGGACUGCUCUUUCGAGGUGUCCUUCUCGGAGAAUGCCAAGGUGCUGCAGUGGUCGUGGUUCGGCGACCAGGAGAAGCAGAUGUUCACGCCAGAGGGCAUGGCAAUCGGUGCGGCGGUUGCACUGGCAGUCCUUUGCCCAAUCCUGAUGCCCAAGCUGUCCAAGAAGAAGGCGGACAAGUUUUCCGAGAAGAAGCUGAACUGA